AUAAUUCUCUGUAUAACAAUUGAAGCAAGCGCUAACCCUUCAGACUCGCCGUACAACCACGGCUGGGAACGAGUGUACCCAUUGUUAAAAGGAAAUUGUUACUGAAAACCGACCGAGUGGAUGGUGACAGGAGGUUGUCCACGGUUGUCACCUGCAAUGUUGGCUGUGCUGGUCACGCUGUUUGCGGUAUGGGGACAGACGCUGGGUGCUGGAGAACCGGAAGUGCAUUGGAUCGAACCUCACUAUGGAUCUGAAAAUGGAGGAACUAAGGUCACUAUUCACGGAGCAAAUUUCGCUGCUGGCGAUCCGUUCAAUUACACCAACAGUGUGGAGUUUGUGUCGGAGACGAACUCGUACCCGUGUGAAAUUGAUCAAGCCGCCAGCGACACUGGAGAACUCAUGUGUUAUACCACGAAAAUGCCCGAGGGUAGUGUGUUUGUCCGUGUGACAAUAGAUGGCGUCCCAGUGCCUCUGUCCAGCCACUGUUACAACAGACCCACUGGCUCUAACUGCAGACUCAUGGUGAGAUGGUGGACCACCCCUACCAUAGAAACUCUGACUCCGUAUACAGGAACACCAGGUACCCGUAUCACUGUGAGUGGCUAUCUCUUCACUUCCCUGUACAGCACCAAUGAGGAAGUCAGCACAAAUGGGAAAACAGUCAAUAUUAGACGCGUGUAUGUCGGAGGCCAGAACUGCAACCUGUUGAAUUCUACAGGAGAAGUCAUCUAUAUCCAGUUGAACAAUGAUGGCACGUCCAAUAGAGGAACAUUUAAGUGUGAUAUGAUGGGGGGUUUUGUGGGCCACAUUAACGCUAGUUUUAUCAUCAGUGGUCUAUAUGGAAGAUCCAAGCCAGAUUUGUCCAGUUUACGUGUGUCAUCUACCAAUGAACUCUACAUGAUUCAGACAUAUGCAGAGAUCACCUCUAUCACGCCAUCUAGUGGCAGUAUUGCAGGAGGUACCCACAUCACAAUAAUGGGAAGAAAUCUUGAGCAGAAUGGAUCACCUGUAGUACAAGUGGGAGGUGGUCCCUGUAUUGUCACUCAGGUGGCAUCUGACAAAAUCAUUUGCCGAACACCAGUGCAGCAACCAGGCAAAAAUAACUACUCAGGUAAUCGUGGCCUGCUGUAUGAAGACUGGGACAAAUAUGUGUCUAACAGCGCUGUGGGGGACGUCCUUGGCUUCACAGAGGCUACUGACGGCUAUCAGCCAAAUAACACGCGUAUUGUAGACAACCUGUACUUCUGGACCUCGACCUCUCGCUCCAACUUCGUCUCCCGUUUUCAGGGAUAUUUUGUCCCUCCCCGCACAGCCGAGUACAUGUUCAUGAUUUGGGCAGAUGAUUCCAUUGAGCUUUAUUUCAGUGAUUCUGAUGACCCAAGUCAAAAGAGAAAGAUAGCACAUCUGCACUCUUACAAGAAUAACUACUGGCAUUACGACUCUCAGCGAUCUGAACGUAUGCUGCUCACUGCUGGCAACAGCUAUUAUAUUGAAGUUGUUCACAAGGAAGGAGGAGGUGGUGAGGCCGUCAGUGUGGCUGCAAGGAUGUUUGAGAGUGAGUACACCUCACAGCAGACGGACUAUGCUGGGGAAGAGAAACAGGAUAUAGUGCUGACAUCUACAGUUCUGCCAGAGACACAGAAUGUGAAGCUGUCUUCCUGGAGCACCCAGUCCAGAGUGAAGGAGGUCCAGCAGGUGGUCCUCAGCUCUAUGGGCGGGGCUGGGCAGUACAGGCUGGGAUUCAUGGGAGCCUUCACCAGUUUGAUUGAUGCCUCGGCGGGGUCAUCCACCAUUCAGAAUGAGCUGAACAAGCUUCCUACCAUCAAGCCAGAUACUGUAUCUGUGUCUGGCUCUGGAACGGUCUCCGUAACAUUUAACACCGACAAAGGUGAUGUGGAUCUCCUAGAAUACAGAGACAAUGCUGGCGUGAACAUCACUAUUACGGAGCAGACCAAAGGUGUGCCUUCUCUAAGUAAUAUCUACCUAACCAUGGAUGGUGCCAUGUCUACUGCGGUUGGCAGCUCUGCCACCAGUGAUGAGGUUGCACAGGCUGUUAAGGAUCUGUUCAGCGUCCAGUGUCCCUCAGAGCUCACCAGCCCCAGCGGCGUGGGCUACGAACAGGAGUUUGAAGACCCCAGCGACAGCUCCAUAACCGGCACCACCACGCUGGAUGUGGAACCGUUCUGUGGGCGCAGGUCUCUGAAGAAUCCACAGUGGCUCCAUGAUGGGAGAGCAUCUCCACUCAAUCUACAGCAGUAUAAAUAUGUAUGUUUUGCUCGCCGUGGCGCAGUGUCCAGGCUUCAGGUGAAAUACGAGUAUUUCUUGGAUGCUAACACUGUGAGCAGAUGGCUUACCUUCAACCUGGUGGAUGCACCAAGCUGGAACUACACUUGCUUUGAUGCCUACACCCCCGCCAAGGCUCACUCCCCCUCUGAGGGCUGGGGGCACAAAAUGGUGGAGGUCAAAGUUCAGGGGUCAGGGCUCUACUACGCUGACAGCGUCCUCAUAGCCUCCAGUCUCCCCUCUACUGAUCUACCAAGUCUGACAAUGAAGCGCAGUCGUCCACCAUUUGUGAAUCGUUUGAUGGUCCUAGAUGUCACUGUAACUGGGAGCUCUGGAGACUAUAACAUCACCAUUGUCCCCUCCAACUGCCAGAGUGACUUCCCUCUCUUUGGUGUCUCUGGAGCUGUGAACACGUCUGGAGACCCUGCCAGUAACGAUGUCACCCUGAGGGGCAGCAGCUGGCCAUCUGGUGUUCAAGUUGAAGUGACCAGGGUCCAGGCGGCCUCACCUCCCAUUUUGGGGACAUUUGACCUCCAGUACCAGAAUGAGCAACUUACAGGUAUACCUGUGAACAUUGAAGCCUCGGACCUGAAGGACCUGUUACAGACAGUGUCCGGUAUGGGUAAAGUGGACGUGGCCAGAACUGGACAGUGCUCAGACUACAGGUGGACUGUCCACUGGCUGACAGCUGGCAAUAAGCCAAUGAUGCAGAUUGAUGCCAGUCAGGCCACAGGGCUGGGUCUUAACAUCACCGCAGUGCCCAAACAGGAUGCCUACACAGACUUUGAUCCCAUCAUUGGAGACAUGCUCAGAACCAUUGAGAACAAUGUCCAGGUGACUGUAUCAGUGAAUAAUCUGCCAGUGAAAUGUGAUGGUGAUUGUAGUUUUAUGUGGAGUGAGGCACAAACCCCUCACCUCACUGCUGCUACUCCUAACUCUGGCUCACCUCAAGCCAACACCAUCAUCCAGCUAACUGGGACAGGCUUUGAAGCCAAUGCCACUCAGAACACCGUCACCAUUGGCGGAACACCCUGUGAUGUCAUCAACGCCACCACCUCGCAAAUCUUCUGCACCGUGGGUAACGGCCCCGUGGGGACAUUUGACAUCUUGGUUAAUGUGGAUGGGAAGGGGUACGCCAAUCACUCCUCUGGGCUUCAGCAGUUCACCUAUGACUUGGUGGUCACAGGGAUCACACCCACCAAUGGAAGCAUUGGAGGUUGUACCAUAGUGACCAUAUCUGGUUCUGGGUUUGCAUCUAAUGCUACUGCUACUGUUGGCGGCUCACAGUGUAAAAUAGUCUCCCAGGAUUACAGCAGUAUUGUGUGUGAAGUCCCAGCAACAUCUGCCGCUGGACAAGCCACAGUGACAGUGACCCAGGGGACGGGGAAUGCUGACAGCCCUGUUGACUUCACCUACGCUGACACCGCCACAGUGACGAGUGUGACGCUAGGGGGAGCUCUGGCUGCUGUAGAAGGAGGUACUGAGAUAACCGUAAGUGGCUCUGGAUUUGGCAACGCGGCCCACAGUGCCAAUGCAGUGAUGAUUGGUGGGAAAGCGGCCACGAUUGUGAGCUACAAUGACACUGUGAUAGUGGCCACUCUGCCUGGGUUGUCCACAGGAACAUAUCCUCUGAAGAUCUACGUGGGCAGUACAGGAUGUGCUGAUAUGAUGACAAACAACAUUGCAGAUAUAGGCUAUGUGCUGAACAUGACAGAUGUGCAGCCCCGGCGAGGCUCGGUUUAUGGUGGGACCAAGUUGAUACUGCAAGGUGUUGGCUUCAGCAGCGUCCCUGAGAACAACAAGGUGAUGGUUGGCUCACAUCGCUGUCUGGUCUCUGAGAGCACCAGCUCUAACUUGACCUGUACUGUGGAGAAUACUGCUAUUACACACACUGUGACUAAUGUUGUGGACAUUGUGGAUUUUUACUGGGAGCCAAACGUCUUGACCAUAUUUGUGGGCGACUCGGUGCGCUGGACGUGGUCAUCACCGGAGAGCGUGACCGGUCUGGAGUUCCGUGUCCAGCAGACGGUCAGCGCCAGUUCCAGGGAUUUGCCUGUGGGAGGAUUCACAACUGGACCUGCCUUCACCAAAAGAGGUUCCUUUGUUCACCGCUUCACGGCUCCUGGUAGCUACUACUACUGGAGUGACUUCAUCGAUAACUACGGCACUUUCAUGAGAGGCGUGGUGCACGUCAAAGCAAGACCAACGACAGAAGCUCAGGUGACCCUGAGGGUAGGAGAUGUGGAGGCAGUUUAUGUUGUACCAGAUGUGGCAGAGGACAGCAAUUCAACAACAGGGGGUAACUGCCCUGGCAUCACCUCCCUCAUCACCGGCUGCGUCAGCUCUUCUCCCAAUGCCACUGUGACAGAGGGCUUCAGCUUCACGUUUGACCAGUGCAGCAGCCCCAGGGUGGAUGCCAUCUCCAGGAACCAAGGGACGAGUACAGACGACAUUGUCAUAGAUGGCGUUGGAUUCAGCAGCAACAUUUGUGACAAUGUUGUGAUGUUUGGUGAUUUCGCCUGUGUGAUUUCCUCAGUGAACGAGACACAGAUAGUCUGCAGAGUGGAUGCCAAUGGCACCUUCCCAGUGGGCGUGCCCCAAAGAUUGGCAGUGUCCAUCAAGAACCGUGGCCACGCCAUUGUGUCAAUCACAGAUGAGCAGAGGCGGGGCUUUGUGCUGCUGCCUAGAGUGGACAGUGUCCAGCCCAGUGAGGGGUCACUGGCCGGAGGAACUGAACUGAUCAUUACUGGAGAUGGCCUCAUUGGAGUGGCAGGUUCAGCCCCCACAGUGUCAGUAGGAGACUAUGGCGGCGUGUACUGUGACGUAACAUCGUCUUCCUACACCGAGAUACGCUGUCUGACCAGAGCCUCCACGCCGUACACAGGGAAUGUGUCCGUCACGCUAGGUGUCCCUGGAGGACAAGUCCCAGCUGCAUGCGCCGCACCUUCCUGCGAGUUUACAUUCUCCAACAACUCGACACCCAUUCUGUAUAGCGUUGUCCCUCAAACUGUCAGUGGAGAUAAUACUCUGAUGAGAAUCAAUGGUUCAGGAUUCGGGAACAACUCGGCUGGCGUCGUCGUAACCCUUGGAGACGGCGUAUGCACCGUCCGAGUAAUCCGCGAUGAUUACCUCGAGUGCAACAUGAGUGCCGUUUCAGCUGGGAACCAGCCAUUUUAUGUGAGAGUCAUAGGUGAAGGUUAUGCUCAAGGUCAGGUCACGGCCUUGACCUCUGAGGCUGUGAUCAACUCGGUGGUGCCCUCUGCCAGCAGUGUGGAGGGUGGUACGCCAAUUUUCAUCACAGGAAGUGGAUUUAAGCCAGGCAGUACUAGCGUUUCGAUCAAGGGAAGCGAGUGUCAUGUGACCAGUGUGACGUCUGGGCAGAUUUCUUGUAUUACUCCAAGUAAAACAGGGACAGUCCAAAGAUCUGCAGAUGAAACUGUUGACCUGAUAGUCACUGUGGACAAUACCCAAUACCCGUCAGAGACUUUUGAAUACAAAGUGGCAGCCACACCUGAAAUCACAGGAGUCACCCCCUCUACUGGUUCUGCAGGAGAUACAGUGGUCAUCGCUGGCACAGGAUUCAACUCCACACCAGCUGUGACCAUAGAUGGCGCUGUGUGCAAUGUCACAGAUUUUACGACCGUUCAAAUCACGUGUGUCUUGGGUCCUCAUGCUGCUGGGAACUACCCUAUCAAGUUGUACACUGCUAGUGAGGGCAAUGCCAUGGGAACUGUGGAGUUUUCUUAUCUUCUCAAUGUGACCAGUGUGUCUCCAGUCACAGGAAGUUUUGGUGGAGGCACUGUGCUAACUGUAAGCGGCUCCGGCUUCCUGGCUGAUGGAACUGUAGUCGAGGUCUGCAACGCAACAUGCGCCGUCAACAAAACAAGCUUUACUGAUUCACUGCUGGAGUGCCAAACUCCUCCUAAUGCAGGUUCUGGCACUGUAGACUGUGACGUGAAGGUGGCAGUGAACAAUGCUGAGAAGAUCAUGGCGGCAGCAUUCAGAUACGAUGGCUCUCUGACUCCUACCGUAGAUAGUGUGGAGCCUUUGAGGGGCGGUACUGGCGGAGGCACCAGAAUUACCAUCCGCGGCACAGGGUUUAGCACCAACCCUGGUGAGAACACUGUAUCUUUGGCUGGCACCAAGUGUGUGGUAGAGUCUGAAAAUGCUACUACCAUUAUCUGUGUCACUGAGCCACACUCUCCAUCCGUCAGGACCAGCGUCCGAGUGGAAGUGGCUGGACAGGGGGCAGCGCGUUCCGGGAACGUGACCUACUUCUACGUUGACCGCUGGUCCAGCAGGUGGACCUGGGGUGGACAGGACCCCCCAGUGGCCGGGGACUUUGUGGUCAUUCAGCAAGGACAGUCUAUACUGCUGGAUGUCAGUACACCUGUCCUGAAGAUCCUGCUGAUCCGUGGCGGAGAGCUGAUCUUUGACGAGGCAGACAUUGAACUGCAGUCAGAGAUCAUCCUAAUCACAGAUGGGGGUCUCUUACAGGUUGGCACGGAACAGGAACCAUUCCAGCACAAUGCUAUCAUAACCCUGUUUGGCCACCAUAGAUCCAAGGAGUUGCCCAUCUAUGGCACCAAAAACAUCGCAGUAAGAGACGGACGCUUGGAGCUGCAUGGUCAGCAUGUCCCAAUCACAUGGACUCACUUGGCGGCCACUGUGCCUGCUGGUGCCACGGAAAUCUCGCUGAUGCUUCCUGUCACAUGGAAAGCUGGCGACGAGAUCGUCAUCGCCACCACGGGACUGCGGCACAGUCAGAGGGAGAGUGAGAAACGCACGAUCACGGCCGUGUCUCAGGAUGGGAGGAACGUCACGCUCAAUGAGUCUCUGACCUAUUCCCAUCUUGGAGUCACGGAGACCUUCUCCACUGGACAGUCGGUUGAAAUGCGUGCAGAGGUUGGUCUCCUCUCUCAUAACGUCAAGGUCCGUGGAAACAACGACCCGCAGUGGCAUGACGCCAUUGAGGCUUGUCCAGCGGGCUUUAACACAGGUGAGUUUGCCACACAGACCUGCUUCCAAGGUCGGUUUGGAGACGAGGUUGGGAGUAGCGAAUUCGGCGCCCACAUCCUGAUUCACCCUACAGUACCAGGUGAGGAACGGGCCACGGCGCACAUCGAGUACGUUGAGCUGAACUUUGUGGGACAAGCGUUCCGUCUGGGGCGUUAUCCCAUCCAUUUCCAUCUGCUGGGUCGGGUCAAGGACGCCUAUGUGAGAGGAUGUGGUAUUCAUCAGUCCUUUAACAGGGCUGUCAACAUCCACGGUUCCCAUGGUGUCCUGGUAGAAAGGACGGUCAUCUACAACAUCAUGGGUGGCGCUUUCUUCUUGGAAGAUGGCAUAGAAACAGGCAACACCAUUCAGUAUAACUUGGCCGUCUUUGUGAAACAGAGUACCAGUCUGUUGAACGAUGACAUCACGCCAUCGGCAUUCUGGGUAACCAACCCCAAUAAUACCAUUCAACACAACUCUGCCGCGGGCGGCACGCACUUUGCGUUCUGGUACCGUAUGCACUCUCACCCUGACGGUCCCUCCUUUACCACCUCUGUGUGUCCCAAGAAAGUGCCCAUGGGACGUUUCUUUAACAACACGGGACACUCCCUGGGAUGGUUUGCUAUCUGGAUUUUCCAGGACAUGUUUCCUAUGGAAGGCGGAGGCUGUGGCAGCAACACUCCUGUACAAGCUGUCUUUGAUGGUCUCGUGUCUUGGCACAACGAGAAGGGAUCUGAAUGGGUGAAUGGCGGCGCCCUGGUGUUCAACAACUUUGUUAUGGUGGACAACGAGAAAGCUGGGAUAGAGAUGAAGAAAGUGAUGAACGCACACCUGUGGAGCGAGACCCGAGGUGCCAUGAUCAACAACAGCUUGAUUGUAGGACACACUUCACUAACCAGCGCCUGUACUAAUGUGGGGAUUAUACUGCCAUUUUCACCAGGUCUGCUGGUCUACAAUACACGCUUCAUCAACUUUGACAGCAGCUGUGUCGCGUUUGGGGUGACCUCUAUAGAUGGCACGUGUUCAGUGCUCUGUGGAGGCUGGGAGUACAGGCUAAAGAACCUUGACUUUGUUAACUCGCCUAAUAAGGUGAAGUGGCGUUGGGAGCACGAGGGCGUGCUGCAUGAUACUGACGGCACAUUUUGUGGAACUACUGGCUGUAAAGUCGUACCUUACAACCCAACGAUUGACACCUCGCGUUGUGUUGAUGACAAUGAUAUGAGUGUAGGUAUGCGUGGUGUCGUCUGUGAGCCAACUGUAAAGUUCCACAGAUUUGCCUUCAAUGGCGCAGUGCCUCGCUCGCUGGAAGGAAAGGACGUGCUGCUCAUAAACAGCCAUGGCGUCUCCCAUGUGCCAUACAUGAAGAAGCGUCUGACUCACAAACCUGGGUGGAUGAUGAUGGUAGAAGAUGCUGCCAACUAUAGGUUUAUAUUUGACAAGGAAGACCACCUGACCAAUAUCACUUACAGUGGAGUUUUCUAUGGAUUUGAGCCUAAUGACUAUGUGAUCAUGUCCCACAACCUGACCCAGCAGCCGGACAGGUUUUCCAUUCUGUCCGCCACCAAGACCAUUGCGGAGAGCACGGCGGCCAGUCUGGACCCAUCCGUGCAUGAAAGUGGGGACUAUCAUUUCGAUGUGAACAAUAAGGAGGUCUUCUUUUUGAUCAAAGGCUCUCCCAACAUCGCAUGGAACAACAUAGGGGUCAAUUUCCGUGUGUAUCGCUGUUUCUUUGCUGACUGUAUUCCGCCCCCUGACCCCAACACAAUCCCCCCUGCCCGCGAGCGCCCCAGUGUGUUCCAGCCCUGGUCUGAGGGCGCCACCUGGGGGUCAGCACAGGAGGACGAUGGCUUUGGCAACAUGUUCUGGGUGACACAGCUUCAGGCACAGGGUGUUAGAAAGAAAAGAAGUACAGCGCAGCCUCCAGAUGGCAGUAAUAUCAAGAUCAGCGGCGGUAACUGGAUAGUGGCAGAUACAGACCUCCCGAUAAUGGAGAGAUUGUACAUCUAUGGAGUUCUAGAGCUGGAUCACAACGUAAACGCAGCCACAGGCACCUACCACAACUUUGUCAUCAACGCCACCUAUAUCUUUAUACAGGGUGGUCGUCUUAUCAUUGGCUGGGAGGACAGCCCAUUCCUGGGCAGUGCACAGUUAGUGCUGCGGGGACAUCACCACACCCCGGACAUGCCGCUGCCCAACGGACCCAACAUGGGUGCCAAGGUCAUAGGUGUGUUUGGAGGGCUGGACCUUCACGGCAAGGACAGGUCAGUGGUUUGGACACAGCUGUCCCAGACGGCCAACCCUGGGGACAACUCCAUCACCGUGAAGGCCACUGUAGACUGGGAGAUCGGGGAUGAGAUUGUGGUGGCACCUACCACUUACACCUCUUGGACGACGGAGACUUUCAGAAUUACUGCUGUCAGUGGAAACGUGAUUACCCUCAAUGAUUCUUUGGUGUAUAAACAUGAAGCAUUUAGUGAGACGCUAGCCAAUGGCGUUACGUACGAGAUCGCUGCCGAGGUUGGUCUGCUGUCCAGAAACAUCAAGAUCAUUGGUGCCACCUAUGACAAUCUCUAUGUAGAAUCGUUUGGUGCCAGGUUAAUAGUUGGUCGCUUCAUACAGUCAGGGACAGAGUAUAGAGGUUAUGCUCGCAUUUCCAACGUAGAAUUCUACCACAGUGGUCAGGAAGGAUGGAUGGAGCCAUGGGACCCGCGCUAUUCCAUAGCAUGGGUUAAUGCAGGCUCCAGCGACAACAUGAAACCCUCCUACUUGAAGAAAAGUACCUUCAAUGAGAACUUUUCUCCAGCCAUUGGAGUGUUUGAUACCAGUAACAUCACUGUGACUGGCAAUGUUGUCUACAGAACUGUCGGGGCAGGAAUCGUGGUACAAGGAUCAGAAAAUGUUUUGCGGGACAACCUGGUGGUCAAAGCCAUUAACCAGGACAAGUGGCUGAACACAGGUCAAGCACAGGUCAUGAUUUAUGAAGGGGGAAUUGAAGUCGAUAUGGCAGAAAAAGUAGUUGUCACUGGCAACCAUGUUGCUGGGGCGGAGAGAACGGCCUUCAAAAUACGAGGCGAGACCUGUCCUCACCAAGAAAAUGGCGUUGAACCUUUUGCUGGCAACGUUGCCCACUCUGCACUGCUGGGCGUUGACGUCUUCUACCUGACCCAAACCUGCUCAGAUGUUGACUGCGUCAAAAUCUCAAACUUUUUCAUCUACAAGGCAUGGGACUUUGGGGUCUAUCACCAAACAGCAUGUGAUAUUGAAGCAUCAGGAUUGGUGAUUGUGGACAGUUCCUUUGGGUUCUUCCCUCUGGUUAUAACUCCCAGUGCUACUGGCCACGCCUACAAGUUCCACUACGCCAAUCUGAGCAAUUCCACCUUUGUGGGCAAUAGUCCCGUGUUCGACUGCAAUGACAAGAUGGACAGCAGCGACCUGAACGUAGGUUUCACUGGCAACAGUCGCAGUAUAGGACAGAGCAAGGGCUCGGGGACCAUGAGUACCGUAGGAGUCAGUUGGCCUGGUUUUUAUUCUGGAGCUAAUAAUGCACCGGGAAAACCGUUUGCUGGAAUAAUGACCUAUCCCGCCAUUGCUGGGGUCCUGAAUAUGAAAGGCAACCAUUUUGCCCACUACAAGUCAGUGUGUACGUCCAAGAGAAGCUUUGCAGUGGGAGACAACCCUGGAAACGCUGACGCCUUGCACCCCAUCAGUGCCUCUGGCACCUCCUUUGAGGAUGUUGAAGAAGACAGCAAAGUUUUUAUCCAUAGAUCAAAUUUGGGCAAAGUCAAUCCUUCAGACUGCGUUGACAUGGAAUGUGACGCACAGAAAAAAGCCAUGAUGCGCGACGAGGACAACACCUUCCUAGCAGGCACGGGGCCCGCGGCCAUCAUCCCGGACUCUGCAUUUGAGUGGAAUGGCGACCGGCGUAGAGGACUGGGAGACUACCGCAUCCCUAAGACUCUUUUGACUGAGCUCGAUGGAACUAGAAUUCCCGUAGCGAACAUAGCACCAUACAAAGGUAUCAUCGGAACAAGCACCUCCUCUUGUACAUGGAAAGCAGCCUGGCAGGCUUAUGCAUGCCACGGACUGGACUACGAGAUGCUGAUCAUCGAAAGUCUGGACGCAGACACAGAGCUGCGUCGCCUUUCACCUGUGGCCAUCUUGGGUGACCAGCACAUUGAUCUGAUCAACGGCCCUCAGGAUCAUGGCUGGUGCGCUGGUUAUACUUGCCAGAAGAGGCUGUCCACAUUCAAUGCCAUUGUAGCCACAGGCAAACAUUUUGAGAUGCAUUACACCAGCACGAGUCCUCAGAAGUCGCGCUUCUUCUUGCUGAAUGCCAACGAGACGCAGGCUGUGAGGUUGGCUGUUUGGUAUGCUAAUCCUCAAAGGUUGGUCGUGAAAGUCAAUGGUCAAUAUAUUAAUGCCAAAAAUAUCGACUAUGACAAGAACAACAGGGAAAUAUUUAAAGCUCCAUCAUUUGAAGGUGAAUUUUGGCCUGAUAUUGCCAAUGAUCCUACUGGCGCCAAUUUCUUUGACCGUAACACUGGCCUGCUGUACUUCCUAGUGCGCGGCAGCACACCUGUCUCCAUUGACACUCUCCCAACAAUUAAUGUGGCUUUCAACAUGCCUGCCCUCACUGUGGAUGAAUUCUUUGGGGAGAAUAUCAUCAACAAUCUGGCGGCAUUCUUGGAUAUCCCCAAAGACAAGAUACGUAUUGUCAAAAUUGUACGCAGCACGGAUGGUUCUCGCAAGAAGAGAGCUACUGGCACUAUGAAGGUGGAGAUAGAAAUUGGCAACUCGCCCAGUAACGGAUCCGUCACCGACAACUCCACGACAACCAACCCAGGCGAUCUAGACUUCGCAACCCUGCAGAACGUCACCGCCAAAAUCUACGACGCCACUCAGCUUGGAACCCUGUCCACCGCCAUGAACGUGACUGUUCUGGAUGUCAGCAUUGUGGAGCCGGCACCAUCGCCCUCAGACCCCGCCUGGGCCGAGGUGGCCAAUCAGACAUCCCCGACUGUGGUGAUUACAGUCCCCACUACGUUAUCAGUCAGCACUCAACCUGUAGGGGCAAUGGAGGGCAACAACCUCACCCAGGCUCCUAUACUGCAGAUGUACGAUAACACUGGGACUCUUGUCACCAGUCUGGGGUCCACAGCCAACCCUUGGGAAGUGACCGCCACCAUUCGUGCCGGAACUGGCCAUGCCUCCGCGCAAUUGAGCGGCGUCACCAAAGUGCAGUAUAAAGAUGGCAUGGCAGACUUCUCAGGUCUCCAGGUCACACAUGCAGGCAGUGGGUACAUCUUGGAUUUCACCUUCACCAAACCUGCAGAGGCCUCUGGCUUCAGUGUGUCAUCCUCGACGUUUGACGUGAGUGCCAUCCCAUUGGCAGCCAUUGUAACAUCAGUGGAUCGUAAUGCUACAGUGGGGGCGCCACUGUCUGCUGUUGUUCAGAUUGUUGUCAAUGGAACCAACGCUGUUCCAGAUGACAUAUCAUGGAAGGGUCACACCUGGACUGCCACAGCCUCCCUGUACUCCCUCACAGCAAGUGGCGCCACCUUGUCUGGUGUUACCACGGCAACCUUUAAUGCCUCCAACCAGGGCCAGGCCACAUUCUCCGAUCUCCGUAUCUCCCACACUGCCACCUAUCCUAAGAGGUACUUCAUUCAGUUUGACGUGACCACCUCGCCGGCCGACUACAACUUACAGGCGGUGUCGAGCUAUGUUGAGGUGCAGCCAUCAGGUUAUGUGGCGCCCACAGAGGAGGUCAGCCAUACUGGACAAUGGACUUUCCAGGCAGAUUAUGACGCAGUGGUGGCUGGGAAGGAGGAAUACAUGAAGGGAACUAUCUGGAACUUCUUGAUGGGCCAGUACACCAACGCCACCUUUAGGGACAUUACUGUUGCCAAAGGAAGCAUCAUUGUGUCAUUUGUGAUCUAUGGAGGCCAAGCAGAGGUCAACGACACUUUGUUCAAGAUGUACGAUGACCUGCUGACGGGCCUGACCUUGACCUUUAACGGACAGCAGAUCACAGCAGAGCCCUCUAUGUUGCUGGACUCUGUGGCCUACUACGGAUCAGUUGGACCUCCGACAUCUGAACCAGGUCUUGCCCCAACUGGCCUUCCUCUGUAUGUCAUUAUAGUGAUAGUUAUCGUUGCCAUCCUCCUCACUGUGCUUUUUGUUGGAAUCGUGGUUUGGAAGCUUAUUUCAAACAAGCACAACAUGAAGGUGGCUUCCGUAGAAGACAUGCGUCACGAGGAGCCAGAUGAGCGCGAGAUCACACGCAGAACUAGCUACCUUCCGUUGCAGCAUCUCCCUCCGUCCGACAGCCCCAUGCAUCUGGUGACCAGUCUCCCUCCUGCCUCCACUGCUUGGGCUGUCAAGCCGAAGCUGCCACCGAUCAGAGGAAAGAGACUUCUUCAUGAUGAAUCUUUGAGACGCAGACCAUCCUUGACCUCAGAUCAUGCUAAAGAGUGAGGAGAUGGGAUUGGAUGAUUAAGCCCUAGGCAUUGAUUGGAUGAAAAUGAAAGGGGCUUGAUAUUUUUUUAUGACAUAGGAAGUACUUUCUGCAAACCUGUUGUUGUGAUAGACUUUACUGCUAUGUGAUAUUUUAAUGAUAGGACAGUACCUUAAUGUCUUAUUGUUGCUUGAAGUAAGUGAUGAAGUAUUUCAUAUUUUUUAUACUGUUGACCCAACGCUGGCGUAUAUGAGUCAAAUAUGGUUUACAUUUGAUAAAACAUUUUUCUUUAUCCUUUCAUGUUCAUUCCACAGACUUGGUGACAUCAUAGAUGUUCUAAUAUAAAUGUUAAUACUGAUGCCCUAUGUAUAUGACAGUAACUUUAAGUUUUCAACUACAGUGUCCUGGGUAUAUCUGUCUAAGUGAAUGAUGGCAAAGUUGAGCUUAAAGUGACUAGAUGUGAAGUUUCUGUAACUUUUUUAGUGGCACAGGAGGCUGAAGAAUCUCAGUAUGUUUUGAAACAGAAUUUAAAACUUGAAUCCGUCCUUCGUACCUUCUUUUCUUUGAUCUCAAUGUGUUUUGCCCAAGCUGAUGCCAUCUUAUCUGACAGAAAAUUUGAUUUUAUAUUUACAUAUAUUUACAUAUGAAAGUAGUUUUAUUUUUUGGUCUUAUUGAGAGCUAUGGUUAUAGCACUUUAAACACAACACUUGGUUCUUUAA